AUGUCUGGACUCAACCUUCAUCUUCUCACUCCUGAGAGCAACGAAAGGGCAACUGUCCCUCAAUUCACUCAACUCCCUAUCGAGAUUCAGGACAUGAUCUGGAAAGAAGCCCUCAUCAAAGACAGAGUUCUCAACAUACAUCAAUGCAGCACAGACUAUGAGGUUGCUCCACGGCAGGCCUUUCGACAAGGAACUUUUCAACAGACCAAAGUCAAUCCGGAGUCGACGAAGGAAUAUGGCGUUAUGGUUGACGACAUAGCAGCCAUAAUUAAGUUCUUCCACGGCAACGCGGAGUCGCGCUGGGCUGGAAAAAGAUACUACCGAGUGCACAUUCCGUGUACUUAUAUGAAACCGGGGCGGUACGAAAAGGGAACGCUUUACAUUCGUCCCGAAUCGGACACCAUAUGCAUGGGACUCACAGAAGGGUCCGGCCGCUUUGCUCAUUGUGUUUGGGCCCUGGACCGUUUGCACGUUGGCCUUGUCAACUUAGCCCCUGACCUGAAGGUGAAUUUCUUUGGUUAUAACGGUUUGGAAUGUCGGUACGACUCGUUUCCAAAAGAUGCGAUAGAGGGUCAGUUAUGGAAAGACGGCCUCAAAAGACUGCGGAACGUCAGCUUUCAGGAUACCAUACCAGGAUGUCUGGAUCCGCGAUGUGUCAACCUUCGUGGGUUAGCCUGGCCAUUGGUACCCAUUCGUCUCUACCUACCCGAAUUCGAGGAUGCAAGGACCAGAAUCAAUACACCUCAAUACCUACCUAUAGAGGGUAUGAGACUCAGUGCUUGCUUCUGGUUCCGUCUGCUGGCUAGAAAGAAAAUCACGCUCUCGCACGAAGUCAGCUAUGGCUGCAUGUUCAGCCAUAGAGACACAUUGCACCAGUGCCUCCCAAACAGAGUCAAGAAAUGGCAAUGUGUAGCUGGGUUGUUUAUCGAUGAUCUCAGGGCAAAGGGAACAGAGAUUGCCACUGGAUUCUGGCUCUUGCCAAUGGACUACCUUUCUUUCGUGAAAGAUGAUGAGGGCAGGUUGAUGGAGGAUAGAAACAACCCGAUGUUGAAAGAGAUGAGGCUCAACUUUGAGCUGUGUAUACGCAGACUUACUGCAUUCGAGGAGCAGACUGGCAUAGUGGACUGUCGGAAACGGCAUCUGUGGAAGAUAUCAGCGAAUCCUGUUCCUCGGGCCUUCUCUUGCUAUGGCCUUCUAGGCACUUGA